CUAAGCCAGCUCUUAACCAACGCGCCACUCGGCCGGCCCAAGGGUGGUGUUUUAACUGCUUUGUUUACUGCAAAGCUCCAGCCCUGGCACAUAGUAGGCCUAAAACAAAUGUUGGAAUGUCUCGGGGUCUCAAGGAUCCUUUGAAGUCUCUGGUGAAUUCACUCUCCUUGACAUUUGGAGCAACAGGGCUAAGAGGGAAAGGGACUUGUCCAAGGUCACACAGGGAUUGAGUGGCUGAGCCAGGACUAGAAGCCAACAAAAAUAGUGGAUCCAAGGCUGUGCCAGAGUCCACUCCUAGUAUCCAUGACUUUUGCUUUUGCAAGAGCCCUUGACGUAGCUAUGAUUAUUCUCUGGUUACAAAUGAGGAAGUGGCUCAGAGAGGUUAAGGAACUUUAGCUGGCAAGUUCCAGACUUGAAAUCCCAUCCUCACAUAAAAAUUGGGGACCUGGCUUCGUUUGAAAUAGUCUGUCAGAGGUGAUUGGUAGAUACCUUCCCUUGGGGCAGCAGCUCUCUCUAGUUCUCCACGGUCACCACCUGGGUGGCUUCUCUUUGGACUGGAUUUUCCUAGGCCACUGGGCAAAUGGUUUGUUUGUCGGGGCUGGGAGCCUGUCUGCUUCAUUCACCAUGUGCCCCAGCCCCUGUAGCGUUCCUGACGGCUAGCAUAUAGCAGGCACUGAAUAAAACCUGUGGGAUGAGUAUAACCCGGCACUCUCCUACUCCAGAGCCCAUUUGCUACCCCAUCCCUACAACCUGGUCUCUGUUUUGCUCCCAGAGGUCUUUGGGGAUUCUUUAACAGUGUAUCAGGUGGAGACCAGGAGGACUUGAGGGUGGCAAGCCUUGGUUGAGGGCCGUGGUGAGGAGGUUGAUCAUGCGUUUAGAAAAGGGAAAUGUGAAUUGGGAGGGCUGGUGAGCUGGGAGGGGAGGAGAGAAAGGAGCUGCUAGGACUGAGAGGAACUCCCACUUGGGCCUUGGAGAUCUCAGUUCUGAGGCUUAGCAGACCUGGAAGCCUCCCAAACCUGCUGCAUGCCUUUUGGAUUACCUGCUAGCACUGUCUACCUCGCUGCCCUCCUUGGCCUGCCGGCAAGUGCAAAUCUCCAGGGCUCUGUGAAUCCUGAGGGGUAACUCUGAAUGGACUUUGCAGGCUAUUUAAUUAUUUAAUAAGGGGACAGAAGCAGUCAAGUUUGCCUAAUACUCAUCAGCCAGGCCCUGGACACCUGGUCCCAGUCCAGCUUUGCCUGCUUUGCUGUGUGCCCUUGGCUCCCUGCCCAGCCCACAGCCAUGGCCACCAUGGUGGCCCAGAAGCUCAGCCACCUUCUGCCCAGUUUGCAGCAUGUCCACCAGGAGCCUCAGCCAUCCAUGCAGCCAGAGCCUGUCUUCACGGUAGCCCGAGCCGAGGUACCACGCCUCUUCUGGAAGCCAUACAUCUAUGUGGGCUACCGACCGCUGCAUCAGACCUGGCGCUUCUACUUCCGCACACUGUUCCAGCAGCACAACGAGGUGGUGAACGUCUGGACCCACCUGCUGGCUGCCCUGGUGCUGCUGCUGCGGCUGGCCAUCUUUGUGGGGACCGUGGAUUUCUGGGGAGACCCCCAUGCCCUGCCCCUCUUCAUCAUUGUCCUCGCCUCCUUCACCUACCUCUCCCUCAGUGCCUUGGCUCACCUCCUGCAGGCCAAGUCCGAGUUCUGGCAUUACAGCUUCUUCUUCUUGGACUAUGUGGGUGUGGCCGUGUACCAAUUUGGCAGUGCCCUGGCACACUUCUACUACGCCAUUGAGCCAGCCUGGCACGCCCAGGUGCAGACCAUUUUCCUGCCCAUGGCUGCCUUUCUCGCUUGGCUGUCCUGUACUGGCUCCUGCUACAGCAAGUACAUCCAGAGGCCUGGCCUGCUGGGCCGCACUUGCCAGGAGGUGCCCUCAGCUCUGGCUUACGCGCUGGACAUCAGCCCUGUGGCACACCGCAUCCUGGUGUCCCCCAGCCCUGCCACGGACGACCCUGCUCUUCUCUACCACAAGUGCCAGGUGGCCUUCUUCCUGAUGGCUGCUGCUUUUUUCUCAGCUUUCAUGCCUGAGCGCUGGUUCCCUGGCAGCUGCCACCUCUUUGGGCAAGGCCAUCAGGUCUUCCAUGUCUUCUUGGUGAUGUGCACGCUGGCUCAGCUGGAGGCUGUGGCGUUGGACUAUGAGGCCCGGCGGCCCAUCUAUGAGCCCCUGCACACUCGCUGGCCCCACAACUUCUCCGGCCUCUUCCUGCUCACUGUGGGCAGCAGUAUCCUCACUGCAUUCCUCCUGAGCCAGCUGGUACAGCGCAAACUCAAUAGGAAGACCCAAUGAAGGAAGGCAGCAGUUGGUAGGGAGGGAGGUAGAGUGGGAGCCCAGGGGUCUGCGCUUGGCUCCAGAUGGGAACAAGGCCUGGUAAAGUUGUUUGUGUCUGGCUUGCUGUGACUCUCUGUGCACGCCUCAACUGCCAAGGGUGGUACUGGCUAGACCUUGGAUUUAGGGACUGGCUGGGAGCUGCAGGGGUCCACUCCUGGGCCUGCCCUAGCUCCCUGCACUGGGAGAGGGAAAGAGAUAAAGAUGUGAGCCAUCCUGGUGUGCUUCCCCACAUGCCUCUCACUAGGGGUGAGGAUGAGGGGGCUGGCAGCUGGGGCCAGGAUCCUGGUUUGGGGCUUCCAGAGUAUUGGGAGAGUGUGAAGGUGGAAUUUUGGCCAGAGUCAGAUUUGAGUUGAGAAGCAGAGGAAGCCUUAGCAGCUACCCUUUACUCAGAUUUCAUUGGUAGAUAGGGGAGGGGCAGGGCCAAAUCUGUGUGGGGUCUUACCAUUGUUUGAAUCCCAGCCUGGAGUUUUGGAGCUCCAGAGUGCCCCCCAAAGGUAAAGAUUGUGCCAGGUGAAAAUGGAUCCCAUCCAGUGUCCCAUACCUCUUCAGUCACAGUCUCAGAUAGUGAGCCCAACCCCCCUAGCUCUGGCCUCUAUGUUCCACACAUCUUGGUCCCAAUCUCUCUCCUGGUUUUCUUGUUAACCGUUCAGUUAUCCAUUUAUCUUUCCUGGGCCGGGCCCUGUGGAUCAAUGCAGCAUCAAAGGCUUUAAUGGAAUGAACUUUCAGGGGAAGCAGUGAAGAGGGAAUAAUUAGUGCUGCCUGGGACCUUCAGGGUCUUGAGUUGGGAAGGGUUUGCUGAUGGAGAGGAAAGGCAUUCCAGGCAGAGGGAAAAACCUGGCCAAGAGGUAUGGAAGGAGUUUACUGGGGCAGGAGUUAGGGGUGGUCUGGACUCUGAUAUGGCCUGGAUGCAAUAAAGUGACUUAAAUCAUUUUCAUAA